AUGGGAUGCGCUCUGAGGAUCAACUGCGGCAACAACUUUGAGAACGACGUGGUGGUGGAAUUCAACAAGUGCGCUCUGAGCGCCAAGAAAUGUGUUCCACAACGACCCGACAAGGGGCCAGCGCCAGGGGACUCGAAGUGGGAUCCAAUCAAGGGCCGCUACCCCGCGCCGCCGCCCGAAAGCGUCAGCGGCGACUUCGAAGUCCAGAAGAUGACAGGGCGAUGGUACAUCACAGCUGGUCUCAACCCGUUGUUUGACACCUUCGACUGCCAAGUGCAUUUCUUUGAAGGCAUGGCCCCCACGGAGAAGUCUCCUGGUCGCCUUGUGGGGAAGAUCAAUUGGCGCAUCAACGAGGUGGACGGCGAGUUCAUCUCAAGGUCCACGGUGCAGAGCUUUGUUCAGACAGAACCUGGCCUCUUAUUGAACCGCGGCAACGAAUAUUUGAACUAUCAGGAUGAUUGGUAUGUCUUGGACCACGGUUUCGAGGAUGAUCCGGAACAGGGUUUCGUUCUGAUCUACUACCGUGGCCAGAACGACGCCUGGGCCGGCUACGGGGGUGGCACCUUGUACACGCGCUCCAAGACCAUCAGUCCGGAGGUGCUGGAGCGAGUUCGCGAGGCCACGGCCAAGGCGAAAGUGCCCUAUGACAAGUACUGGAAGGCCGAUGGGAUGAUGGGACCCCUGGGAUCAUGGGAGGAGUUGAUGGAGGUGAUGUCUAUGGUCAACAGAUUAUUCCAUAACCAAAACAUAUUGUUCUGUUCUCACCAUGGAGGUGAUGUCUAG